AUGACUGUAGGUCGUGGCGUCCGGCUUCCCGGCAAACAGAUACCUUGUCGGCAGAGGUGCUUCAUCCAACUUGCGCUGGUGGGCUACAUUCUGGGUGUCUCUGACCUGAGCUGCCGGAUCGUCAAAUACCCCGGCGAUGGGCCGGGUCAGAACAGUGUCCCCGUCCAUGAAAAGGACUCUUUCAAACGGGAGGACGUGCGGGUCGAAGAGACGGAGUUUCGUCCAGCAGUUGCGCCAGCGGGGUACGUACACGGUGAGAUUGGUCUUGACGUUAUCAACUUCAAUCACUAUCGCGCCGUCGUCGGUGAGUUGCUUGCGUUUCUCGUGCCUUACUUCGGGGGUCACCAGGAUUAUAAAGGGGAUGGUUGGGUCAAGACGGGUUCGCGGUGA